AUGGCACAUUGAAUCCUAUUGGCAUAUUCCGUUAAAACUGAUCUAUAUAGAUUGGUUCUUCUUUUUGUAUUAUCGUCUUGUUUUUUCUCUAUCAAGCAUCAACCUAAGCAUUUGCUAUGUCGGCCUUCGUAGGAAAAUAUGCUGAUGAGCUGAUCAAGAACGCCAAGUACAUUGCCACACCCGGCAAAGGUAUCCUGGCCGCCGACGAGAGCACCGGAACCAUCGGAAAACGCCUGUCGAGCAUCAACGUCGAGAACGUCGAGUCCAACCGCCAGGCCCUCCGUGAACUCCUCUUCACAGCCCCCAACGCACUCCCCUACCUCUCCGGUGUUAUCCUCUUCGAGGAGACCCUCUACCAGAAAACCUCCAACGGCAAGCCUUUCGUGGAAGUCCUCCAAGAAAACGGCGUCAUUCCGGGCAUCAAAGUCGACAAGGGAACCGUCGAGUUGGCCGGAACCAAUGGCGAGACCACCACUCAGGGCUUCGACUCUCUCGGAGCUCGUUGUCAGCAGUACUAUAAAGCCGGUGCUCGGUUCGCCAAGUGGCGUUCGGUCCUGAAAAUCGGUGCCACUGAGCCUUCUGAGUUGGCCAUUCAGCAAAAUGCGCAGGGCUUGGCUCGCUAUGCGAUUAUUUGUCAGGAGAAUGGACUUGUGCCCAUUGUUGAGCCAGAGAUUUUGACCGAUGGGAGUCAUGUUAUUCAGAAAUGUGCUGCUGUGACUGAGACUGUGCUAGCUGCGGUUUAUAAGGCACUCAAUGACCAACAUGUUCUUCUUGAAGGAACACUCUUGAAGCCCAACAUGGUCACACCGGGCUCUGAUAGCCCAAAGGUUGCACCAGAAGUGAUUGCCGAAUGCACAGUGGCAGCACUGCGCCGGACUGUGCCACCGGCAGUACCAGGGAUUGUGUUUCUCUCAGGUGGACAAAGCGAGGAAGAGGCGACGGUGAACCUAAACGCCAUGAAUAAGUUGGAGGUGUUGAAACCAUGGACUCUUUCUUUCUCAUUUGGGCGAGCUCUGCAGAAAAGCACACUCAAGAUAUGGGGUGGACAGAAGGAGAAUGUCGAAAAAGCUCAGGCGGCAUUUCUGGCAAGGUGCAAGGCGAACUCGGAGGCCACUCUGGGAAAGUACACCGGUGGAAGUUCGGAUGGGUUGGCCUCUGAGAGCUUGUAUGAGAAAGGCUACAAAUACUAAGCUUUGCAUGUGGGCAAGGGGAUUGAUUCUCAACUGCAUCAUCUUAUAAGUUGUAUUUUGACCAUUUUACAUGCAUAUUUUCGGUAAAUAUUCUACAGAUAUUGUUCUUAUAACCUUUUUCGUUCCAAAAAAAUCAAUCUCUCUCUCUUCCACAAUAUUUUCAACAAAAACAGUGUUCUUGGUAAUAUGCUUGGACUUGUUUUUGAU